AUGUUAUAUGCAGUUAGACAGGGUCCCUCUGAAACCCCAUCCAAAUUUCUAGAUAGGAUAAGAGAUGUGAUGCGCCGACACACUUCUUUAGACCCAAAUUCAGAAGUAGGCGUACAACAACUAAUAUCGCUCUUUUUAGGGCAGUCACAAGGGGACAUUAGGCGUAAGUUACAAAGGCUACGACCCCCCGAAAACAGAGACUUAGAGAAACUAUUAGAGGAGGCAUGGAGAAUAUUUAGCAAUCGAGAGGAAGGUUACAGGGGCACACAGAAAAAGAUACUAGCAGUAAUUAAGGAAAACGAAGAUCGGAAAUCAAGAAUUAAGCCAAAAGGUGGACCGACACCCUUAGAAAGGGAAAUUGAUACAAAGAUCACUGACCAAGUAUACCCUGGAGUUUGGGCAACUAAUGUACCUGGACGUGCUAAAAAUGCAGCACCAGUGGAGGUGAAGUUAAAAGAAGGACAAGGUGCAGUAAGGGUCAAACAAUAUCCACUGAAGAAGGAGGAUAGGGAAGGAAUUUGUCCCAUGAUAGAACAAUUUAUAGAACUAGGGUUACUAAAGGAAUGUGAGUCAGGGUUUAAUACACCUAUCCUCCCAGUCAGAAAACCAGACGGAUCUUAUAGAAUAGUCCAGGAUUUGAGGGCCAUCAAUAAAAUAACAGAGGAUCUAUAUCCCGUGGUGGCCAACCCUUACACAUUACUAACCACACUGACCCCAGAUUUGGCCUGGUUUACAGUUUUAGAUUUAAAGGACGCCUUCUUUUGCCUCCCUCUCCAUGAGGCCAGCCAGAAAAUUUUUGCCUUCGAGUGGGAAAACCCAAAAAGCGGUCAAAAGACCCAGCUCACCUGGACGGUGUUGCCACAGGGAUAUAAGAACAGCCCGACAAUCUUUGGAAACCAGUUAGCAAAGGACCUGGAGUCAUGGGAACCACCAUCCAAAGAAGGGAAGGUACUGCAAUAUGUAGAUGAUAUCCUCAUAGCAACCAAGACUGAGGAAUCCUGCAUUACCUGCACUGUGAGUCUGUUAAACUUCCUAGGACUGCAAGGAUACCGAGUAUCUAAGAAAAAGGCACAGGUGGUGUUACAACAGGUCACAUACCUAGGGUACGAGAUUAGUGCUGGACAACGGGUUCUGGGGCAAGCCCGGAAAGAAGCCAUAUGCCAGACUCCCAGGCCACAGACUGUGAAGGAAUUACGAACAUUCCUGGGAAUGACUGGAUGGUGUCAAUUAUGGAUAUGUGAUUAUGGUUUGCUUGUUAAACCAUUAUACUCCCUGAUAUUAGCCAAUCAAAAGGAUGUCCAGUGGGACACCGAAUCAGACAGAGGUUUCCAUCAGUUGAAGAAAGCUUUGAUGUCAGCACCAGCACUAGGACUCCCUGACGUAAGUAAGCCAUUUCUCCUAUUUUCCCAUGAAAAACAGGGAAUGGCACUAGGAGUAUUGGCACAGGAUUUAGGGCCAUACAGACGGGCAGUUGCAUAUUUCUCUAAACAACUGGAUGCUGCAGCAAAAGGGUGGCCUGGUUGCCUGAGGGCAGUAGCAGCUGUCAUCCUAAAUAUCCAAGAAGCCCGAAAAUUUACUCUAGGCCAGAAAAUUACUGUUUUUGUAUCUCACACUGUGUCUGCAGUCCUCGAAGCAAAAGGGGGGCAUUGGCUUUCCCCACAAAGGUUCCUAAAAUACCAAGCUAUAAUGGUUGAACAAGAUGAUGUCGAAAUCAUAACCACCAACAUUAUCAACCCAGCUUCAUUCCUCGGAGGAAACCACGGGGAACCAGUUGACCACAACUGUCUGGAGACAAUCGAAGCCACAUACUCCAGCCGCACAGAUCUCAAAGACGUUCCUAUCGAUGGAGCCGAACACUGGUUCACAGAUGGAAGCAGCUAUAUGCUGAAUGGGAAACGACACUCUGGUUAUGCCGUCACAACCUCUGAGAAGGUAAUAGAGUCUGGGUCACUACCAGCAGAUACCUCAGCACAGAAGGCUGAAAUCAUAGCCCUUACCCGAGCUUUGGAAAAGGCUCAGGGAAAGGCCGUGAAUAUUUGCACAGAUUCUAAGUACGCUUUUGGAGUAGUACAUGCUCAUGGGGCCAUAUGGAAGGAAAGAGGACUGUUAAAUUCUCAAGGAAAAACUAUUAAACACGCAGAAGAAGUUUUAAGGCUCCUAAAUGCGGUCCAACUUCCUGAAAAGGUGGCAAUUAUGCAUAUCAAGGCACACCAGAAGGUGAGCACGGAAUUGGAAAGAGGAAAUGAGCUGGCGGACAGAGAGGCAAAACAGGCAGCUAAAGAAACAAUUAAAAUAGAGGGUGCACUAAUUCCUGAUGGACAAAUACCUCUAGAAGGUAAGCCAGAAUACACAAAAGAAGAUCGUAAACUUGUUACUGACUUAGAAGGGUCAUAUAAUGAAGAUGGGUGGGCCAUAACUGGGAGUGGGCAAAUCAUUAUUCCCUCCUGUAUGGUAUGGUCGCUAGUUCGAGAGGAGCAUAGGAAAAGACACUGGGGGGCAGAAGCCCUAUACAAGGAUCUUAUCAGGAAUAUAGUGGCCCGAAACUUAUAUACUACAGUAAGACAAGUAACUCAACAAUGUGAUCUUUGUCUCCAGACUAACCCCAAAAUUACUAAAGGACCAAAGUUAGGAAAAAUUGGGAGGGGAAAUGGUCUGGGGCAACACUGGCAAAUUGAUUUCUCGGAACUCCCUAGAAAAGGGGGGUAUCAAUAUUUACUAGUGUUAACAGACACCUUUUCGGGCUGGCCAGAAGCUUACCCGUGCAGAGCAGCUAAGGCGCGGGAGGUAACUAAGAUGUUGCUCCAAGAAAUAAUACCUCGAUUUGGGGUCCCAGCGGUGAUAUCCUCAGAUAGAGGACCACACUUUAUAUCCAAAAUAGUGCAACAAAUCAGCCACCAUCUAGGAAUAGACUGGCAGUUACACACCCCAUAUCGGCCUCAAUCAAGUGGUCAGGUGGAAAAGAUGAACCACCUGAUCAAACAGCAAAUUGUCAAAUUAGGCCAGGAAACUAAUCUGACAUGGCCUCAGGCCUUACCAUUAGCCCUUCUACGAAUACGAACCAGACCAAGAGCAAAAGAAGGGCUCAGUCCAUUCGAAAUCCUAUAUGGACGACCCUAUGGAACACAGAAAGGGACAUCUUCACAAGUUGGUGAAGAAUUAAUGUCCUCCUAUAUGGUGGCAUUGAACAAGCAAUUGAAAAAGAUCGAGAAACAUGUAACUGGGACGCGCAGCAGGGGUCUAGAUGGGCCUGUUCAUGAUAUACAACCAGGAGACUAUGUAUAUGUUAAGUCUUUUACAGAAAAGACCCUGGAACCACAGUGGACCGGGCCCUUCCAAGUGCUUCUCACCACCUAUACUGCGGUCAAGGUUAAAGGACAGAAUUCCUGGAUCCAUCACACCCGAAUCAAGAAAUCUCCUGCAGCCCUGUGGAAAGCAACUCCAGGCGACGGGGGACUGAAACUCAAGUUUACUCGAAACAAAUAA